AUGUCCGCUGCAGAGGCUGUUGCUAAACCCACGACUGCGCAGCGCUUCGCCAAGAUGGGUUCCUGUAUUGGAGCCAAUUUCAAGCCUGGAACGUUUAUCUACUCUGCACUAUUCGGGACGGCAUUGGGUGUUGGUGUUGCCGGUGCCGACUACAUCUUGAGAAACAUCAAGGUCCGCUUCGCUGACAAGGAGCACCUUAUAUUGAUGAGCCGUCAGAGAUACUUAGAGAAGCAAGCAGUGUUUUAUCAGCAGCUGGCUGAGGACCAACAGAUGCAUCGUCUUGCCAGCCUGGCUCAGGAGUAA